AUGGUUGACGACGCGGGCGUGACUCCGCUGCUGGCGGCGACCACGCGCGGUCAUCGGAGCAUCGUUCGCCUCUUGCUCCAGCACGGCGCCCACGUCACCGCAGUGCCGCUGCCGGACGCAACGGCCCCGCUGGUGGCCGCCGCGACGCGCGGUGACGUCCCGAUCUGUACGCUCUUGCUCAACCACGGCGCCGACACGGCGCUGCACAUUGCCGUGCGCUUGGGGCACAUCCCGCUGGCGCAGCUCUUGCUCGACUACAACGCCCACGUGGACGCGCGACCAACGAGUAUGACACCGCUUUUGCUUGCGGUUCAGCGCCACCACGUGGAGAUGAUCAAGCUCCUCCUUCGGUACGGCGCCAAUCCAACGCUUGUCUCCAAGGCGGUACAACUCUCGCCGCUGCAAAUGGCGCGCCAGAAAGGCUACAUUGGCCUCGUCAUGCUGCUGCGGCACUUGGCGCCGCUGCACUUCUCGGUCCGGACAACACGCAUGGGCCUCAUCGAGCGCCUCUUGCACCGCACAGUGGUGGCGCCAGGAGGUCGGUUCGAAGACGAAGUCUUUGUCUCGUUUGCGGACCGGAGCGACACGACGGCGCUUUUGUUUACAGCUGUGCACUGCAACAACGUGGCAUUUGCGCGCCGCCUCUUGUCCCGCGGCGUCGACCCCAACGUCGCCUCGACCGCGGGGUUCACGCCGCUUUUGCUGGCCGUGGCCCGGAAUUUGCUCGAAAUGACAAGAGAGCUAUUGGAGGCCAACGCCGAUACGGAGCUGCCCAACCACGCGGGCGUCGUGCCGCUCUGGGCUGCGUACAACAACAAUGAUCUGGCCAUGACGCGCUUGCUCCUCGACUACGACGCAGACCCAAACGCUUCGUUCAUGGGCGGCUCGUUGUUCAUCUUAGCGGCCAAGCAGCGCCGGCUACCGUAUCUGGAGCUCCUUCUGUCGUCCCGGCGCGUCGAUGUCGACCAAAACGGCCGCACUGGGUUCGAGUAUGCGUGUGUAUAUGGCGACCUCGACUGCGUCCGACUGCUCGUGCGGCACGGUGUCAACGCCACGGCGGCGGAAGGCAAGACGCUGCUCAUGUUUGCGGCCAAGUACGGGGCGGGGCCGAUCGUGUCGUACCUUCUUCCACUCUCCGACGUCAAUGCCGUUUCCAACAAUGGCUACUCGGCCGUCGCGGUGGCUGCCUACUAUGGACAUUUGGACGUCGUACGCCUGCUUGUCGCCCACGGUGCGGUACUGGACCCGACCGACAAGGAUGCGGUGUUUCCACUGCGUAUCGCGGCCCAAGAAGGCCACGCCCGCGUUGUCGAGUACCUAGUUUCUCGAGUCCACGAUGUCGACCGACGCAACUGCUUUGGCGAUACGGCCCUGUACAUGGCAGCGCAAAACCAGCACGUGGAGGUCGUGCGCUGCCUCUGCACCAAAGCCAACGUCAACUUGGCCAUGGAGGACGGCUCGACGAGUCUCUGGCGCGCGUGUUUGGAUGGCAGCACUGUGAUUGUCGACCUGUUGGUGCAACACGGCGCCGAUAUCAACAUGGCGUCCUUUGAUGGGAAUCGGCCGCUCGUGACUGCGGCCGAGAAGGGCCAUUUCGAAGUGGUCCUUCGGCUGCUCGACGAUCGCGACAGCGUUGAUGUGGACGCCACCAACCAAGAAGGCAAGACGGCGCUGUACCAAGCGAGCUGCUUUGGCCACGUUGAGAUUUGCCGCGCGCUCUUGAAGGCCCACGCGACUGUCACGGUGGCCACGACGAAGGGCGUGACCCCGAUUGUGAUUGCGAUUGUCGUUCAAAACGCCGACGUUGUUGAGCUCUUGCUUCCCUCCGUGCGCAUCAACGAGCCCCUCCUCGGGUCGACGCUGUUGCACAUGGCGAUCCAGCGACGCAGCGUCCGCAUCGUCGAAGUCCUCGUUGCGCACGGCGCCGAUCUCGAGGCGCUCGACAAGGACGGCCGGUCGCCGCUUGUCUUGGCGGCGCACCUCGGGUCGGCCGAGAUCCUCCACCAGCUCGCGCCUGCUGUGAGCAACAUUGAUGCAGUGUUUCAGGACGGCUACACGGCGUUGAGUGUCGCAGUCGAGCAAGGGCACCUGGGCGCCGUCGAGGCCCUUGUCCAGCACGGUGCGAGCCUCGCUGUGACAACCGAGAUUGGGUUGACGCUGUUGCAUUUGGCGAGCUUCUCGGGCUGGCGAGAUGUCGCCGCGUACCUCUUGGAGCGCGGCGCAAAUGCGUUGGCGACAGACAAGAUUGGCGGACGGAGCAUCACGUAUGCAGUUACGAAUGGCCACGCCGACGUUGUUGCUCUCUUGCUGCCCCACGCGCAUGUCAAUGCUGUGGAAGCAUCGACCCGUCCCGUGGUCGUCGUGGCCCACGACACGCCCAGCUUGUGCAUCGAUUUGCAGACGGGGUUUAGUCUCUUGCACUUGGCCGUGUCCCACGAGCACAUGACGACCAUGGCCGUCUUGUGCGGCGCCGAGACGCUCAAUGUCAACCAAAGAGACCCGGUGUUUGGCCUCACCGCACUGCACAUUGCGUGCGCGUGUGGGCACGUCGAGGCCCUCGAGCUGCUCCUCGGACACCCCCAUGCGUCUGUCAACGCCCUCGAUUUGGCCGGCCGCACCCCAUUGAUCGUCGCGUGUCAGUAUGGUCAUGCCGCCAUUGUUGCGUCCUUGCUCUCGACGAGCCGCCCCCACCGGACUGCCGAGACGCUUGACGGCAAGUCGGCGUUUGCGAUGGCGGUGGCGUACGGCCACAAGGAGAUCGCAGCACGCUUGAUCCUCGAACACGACGUGGCCGUUCAGAUAGCGCACGACGCACUAUGACUAAAGUACAUGUCGCAUAACUAACUCGUAUCUUCUCGUCCCCUGUCCAAAGUCGUGGCGAAGGGGUCGCGAGCAACAAGUCGAGAACGCACAG